AUGGCUUCUCAACAGAGCUCUCCGGAUAUUCCGAGUCCUACCAAGAGCUCUACCUCGUCAACGUAUAGAGCGCCAAGGGCUAGCCGCGCGGGCGUCAAGAGGAAGAUGAAGUAUUCGCGGACUCGAAGCGGAUGUCUUUGCUGUCGGCAUAGAAGGAUCAAGUGCGACGAAAAGAGACCGGUGUGCAAGCGAUGUAUCAUUGCGAAGAGGGAGUGCGAGUACCCACCCGAAAACACUUCAGUGCCUAGGAAACGCAAGGACGAGGGUGAAAACACUGCGAAUCGAGCUCCCAAACCCAAGAAAGCAAAGUCAUCAACCAGAAGGAAGGGCAAGAGCCGAGUGAGGACCAAAGCGAAGGCUGCUCUGGUCGUCGAAGACACUGCACGUCGAAGCGCUUCAUCCUCGUCAUGGCACAAGUCGUUCUUGUCUCUCUCCGCCGGCGGCAAUCUGGACGCUCGGAGCGGGAGUGCAGUUGCGACAGAGGGUGUCACCGAAGAGAUCUUUGGCCCAGCGGCAGAUCAUCAGCCCAUUCAACCAGAACAGGACUCACAAGCUGCCGGUACAACGGAACUAGCAACACCAUCAACUGUCUCGGGAGCUCGAUCCUUCAACAACGUUUCAGACGCUGUGGAAAGCCUCGGAGCUCAAGGGAGCGCACCGAUGCUCACUGCGCCAGACUACCUCCUACCCUGGUUCAGUACACCUCAGGAACGAGAACUCAUCCUCCACUACGCCGCCAAUGCCGCUCCGCUCAUGAUGGCCAUCCCUUCCGGUCUGAACCCCAUGCUCGCUAUCAACCUCCCUCUCGCGCUUGCCUGCCCCAAAGGCACAAAUCUCGCUUCGGACGCUCUGCGCGUGGCUCUUCUGGGUACUGGGGCGAUCCACCAGGCAUUCCUUCUGUCACGAAGCGGAGUGAACAAUCACCAGACUGCCAACAUGUUCCAAUUCGCUUCCAAGUUGAGGGAUAAGGGCAAAGAAAUGGUCAAGAGGAGCAGCAUGAGCCAGGAUGGAGCGGCGUCCGACGGAACUUUGGGGGCAAUCACUGCUCUCGCCAGUAUUGAUAUCUUUUUCGGGGGCAAUGGUUGGCUCGACAACUUUUCAAUGGCCAAGGAGAUGGUCAGAUUUCGCGGCGGGCCGGCAGAGAUGCUCAAAAUGUCACAACCUCGUCAACUUGCCGAGGGGGUCACGCUGUCACCCGCGAGAAUGAUGUUGGAGAUCUUGGCGAUUUAUGAGACGUUUGGUUGUCUGACUACUGGAGAGGAGCCUACUCUACUUAGUGAUCAAUGGGAGGAAUGGUGGUCAGUCGGCUUCUCGACCUAUCAGAAAUAUUCGGUGGAGAAGCAAUUCGGGAUGUCCCGAAUCAUGGUCCACCUCUUUGCCCGACUCACCCGACUAUUAUCUCGUGUGGGGAAAUCGGGCAAGAGAUUUGUUCUGCAACCUACUCUCUCUGCCAACUUAGACCCUGCCGAUCCUCUUGAACAAGAGGCUAGCAAACUUCGAUUGGACGUCGACGCUUGGAUCCAGCAUCUGGAGCUCAAUACUUUGGACCAGGAUCGUAUUCAUGUUGGAAAUCGGGCUUACGCUCUCGCCAUGAGGAUUCUCCUCCUUCGAAGAGUGUACGAUGUCCCUCGGCACGACGUCAGUAUUCAAUCUGCUGCUCUGGAAGUUCUCAGAUACUGUACAGUCUCUACUGCAGUCCUCAACAUGCCAAUAGAUCUGGUAUGGCCCGCGGUGAUUGCUGCUUGUUGCCUUGCCCCAGAAGCUCGAUCUUGGUGCCUCACCUUGCUCGAAGGGUUCAAAGCUCAAUGUUGCUUCGACAUCGAUACCGCCGCCAAGAUCGUCAUGGAGUCGUGGACCAGAUCGGAUCGAGGUGAUGCCAGAUGGGAUUGGAAGGAGGUAUGUGAUGAUCUGGGAUUGAAGGUGUUGUGA